CCCCCAGCCAACGCUUACCCCGUGCACACGUCGCUGCUCAGUGCGUAACUCAAAUGUCGCUGCGCGCGUCGCCGCCAUUGCUGAAUCCUGGCAUCCACGCCACCGACGCGACGCCAGCGCGAUGGCGUGCACCCGACUCACUGGUUGAUUUGCGCGCAGGUGCUCCUCUCGAUCAUGGCCGAGACAAUCACUGCGGACGCCGUCGCCGACGCCGUCGCGCCGGGCGGCAUUGAUGCUGGUCAUACGGCGUGGAUCCUCAUGUCCUGCGCCCUCGUGAACUUCAUGACGCCGGGCCUGGCCUUCUUCUACGGCGGCCUCGUCCGGCGCAACCACGUGCUCUCGAUCAUCAUCCAGAAUUACGUUUGCAUGGGAAUCAUCACGCUGAUCUGGGUCGUCUGGGGCUUCUCGCUCUGCUUCGGCGCGUCCGGCUGGUUCUACGGCGACCCGGGCGACUUCGUGAUGCUCAACCGCGUCUCCGGCGCGCCGCUGCCGCACGAGGGCCGCGGCAAGAUGGGCGAGGCCUACGUCGAGGGCAUCCCGGGCUUGGUCUUCGCCGCGUAUCAAGGGAUGUUCGCCGUGAUUACGCCGGCGCUGAUGACUGGCGCUUUUGCCGAAAGGAUUAAGUUCGCGCCGUUUCUCGUGUUCGUGGUGCUCUGGGUGCACCUCGUGUACUUUCCCUGGUGCCACUGGGUCUGGGGCCCGAACGGCUGGCUGAUGACCUGGGGCGUCUGCGACUUUGCUGGAGGUUUAGUUGUGCACGUGACGGCUGGGUUCUCGGCUCUGGCUACGGUCAUGGCCCUGCCGUCGAGAGAAAAGCUCGAGGGCGCCCCGGUCGACACGACGCCGCACAAUGUUCCGUAUGUAGCUUUAGGGACGGCCUUGCUCUGGUUCGGCUGGUUCGGCUUCAACGGCGGGAGCGCCCUCGGCUCGGACAGUGUUGCCGCAUAUGCUUUGAUCAACACGGAGAUUUCUGCCAGUGUAGCUCUAUUGGUCUGGAUGUUCAUCGAGUGGAAGCUCGAGGGAAAACCGAGUUUGGUAGGCGUCUGCGUCGGCGCCAUCGCCGGCCUCGCCACGAUCACGCCGGCGGCGGGCUUCGUCAAGCCGUGGGCGGCGGUCGUGAUUGGCACCGCCUCGGCCAUCUUCUGCUACGCCUGCGUUUAUGGAUUGACGAAGAUGGGCUACGACGACGCGUUAGAUGUGUGGGGCGUCCACGGCAUGGGCGGCUUCCUCGGGACGUGUCUGUUGGGCGUGCUGGCGGAACACGACGUGAACGGGGUGUCCGGCGCGAUCUCGGCGUCCCGCGGUGCUGCGGCGCCUUCACGCCGUCGACGCGACUCGUCUCCAUCUCACAAUGAAGUGGGUGGUUCGUUUUUCGAAUUUGAGGCCGUUCGGACCGCGGCGAGUGACCGCGAUGCUCCGCGCAGGCGACUGGAAUCAGUUCAAGAAGCAACUCGCGGCGGCGUUGCUUUGUGCUAUUUACAGUUUCGUCGUGGCCUUCGCGCUCAUGAAGGGUUUGAUGCUGGUGAUGGACGUCGUCCCGGACGUGGAAAUGGUGCGGUCGGGCCUCGACUACUCGAUGCACGGCAUGCUCGCGCACAAUUCUGAUGAUGACGACGCGAAGCCGAAGAAGAGCGCCGCGCGGGGCCCCGAGAAGACGGAGGAGAUGGACGGUAGUGGUGCGAAGGUCGGCAUCCGCCUCGACCCCUGAGUUGUGAGGUCGUGAGCCGCCCAAUUCGUCGCAAGCCCCCCUCCCUACCCGCGGCUCCCUCACAAGUGAACAUAACACCGUUGUCUGCACUA